UUUCAUUCUCAAUGGAGGAUGAUGAGCUGCUGCUGUUGUUCCAUGGUAGCCGCCGGCAGAGGAAAAGACCCGUGCUGCUUCAUCCUCUGUUAAUGGUGAUGCUGCUGUUCCUCUUUUCUCCGUUUGUUCACCCACUCACUGAAGAAGGACAAGCAUUGAUGUCAAUCAAGGCUUCCUUCAACAAUAUGGCAGAUGUUCUGCAUGAUUGGGACGAUGUCCACAACGAAGACUUCUGCUCAUGGCGUGGCAUCUUCUGUGACAAUUCUAGCUUCACUGUGAUUUCUCUGAACUUGUCGAGCUUGUUACUGGGCGGGGAAAUAUCACCAGCCAUUGGUGAUUUAAGAAACUUGCAAUCCCUAGACCUGCAGGGGAACAAAUUAUCCGGUCAAAUACCAGAUGAAAUUGGGAACUGUGCUGAUCUUACCCAUCUGGAUUUGUCUGACAAUCAGCUAUAUGGUGAUAUACCUUUCUCCAUAUCAAAGCUGAAGCAGCUUGAGUUUUUGAAUUUGAAGAGGAAUCAGUUGACUGGUCCCAUCCCCACAACUUUAUCCCAAAUCCCAAACCUGAAAACCCUCGAUCUUGCACAAAACAAGCUCAUUGGAGAGAUACCUAGACUACUCUAUUGGAAUGAAGUCUUGCAGUACCUUGGAUUGCGAGGGAACAUGUUGACUGGAACUUUGUCCCCUGAUAUCUGUCAAUUAACUGGUCUGUGGUACUUUGAUGUAAGAGGCAAUAACUUGACUGGAACUAUACCUGACAGCAUUGGGAACUGUACAAGUUUUGAAAUCUUGGACAUCUCAUAUAAUCAGAUUUCUGGAGAGAUUCCCUAUAAUAUUGGAUUUCUUCAAGUGGCUACAUUGUCACUUCAAGGAAAUAGACUAACUGGGAAGAUUCCAGAAGUAAUUGGUUUAAUGCAAGCCCUAGCAAUUCUGGAUUUGAGUGAGAAUGAAUUAGUAGGCCCUAUCCCUCCAAUACUAGGCAAUUUGUCCUUCACUGGCAAGCUGUAUCUUCAUGGAAACAAGCUUACUGGUCCAAUACCUGCAGAACUUGGCAACAUGUCGAAAUUGAGCUACUUGCAACUAAAUGACAAUCAACUGGUGGGUAGAAUUCCUAAUGAGAUUGGAAAACUUGAACACCUUUUUGAACUGAAUCUUGCCAACAACCAUCUUGUAGGGUCUAUUCCGCAUAAUAUAAGCUCUUGUACUGCAUUGAAUCAGUUUAAUGUUCAUGGAAAUCAGUUAAGCGGCUCCAUCCCACUUAGCUUCCGCAGCCUUGAGAGUUUGACCUACCUCAAUCUCUCUGCUAACAAUUUCAAAGGGAGCAUUCCUACCGAGCUGGGACACAUCAUAAAUCUUGAUACUCUGGAUCUGUCUAGCAAUUAUUUUUCUGGGCAUGUACCAGCAUCUGUGGGUUAUCUAGAGCACCUUUUGACACUGAACCUGAGUCAUAAUCAACUUUAUGGACCCUUGCCUGGCGAAUUUGGCAAUCUAAGAAGCAUACAAAUCAUUGAUAUGUCCUCCAACAAUUUGUCGGGUAGCAUUCCCCCAGAGUUUGGCCAACUGCAGAACCUUAUGUCUCUGAUUUUGAAUAACAACAACUUGCAUGGGAAGAUUCCUGAUCAGCUUAGUAAUUGUUUCAGUCUUACCUCUUUGAACUUAUCCUAUAAUAACUUUUCUGGAGUUAUUCCUGCUAUGAAGAACUUUUCACGGUUUUCAGCUGAAAGCUUCCUUGGAAAUCCUUUAUUAUGUGGGGAUUGGCUAGGAUCAAUAUGUCGUCCUCAUAUUGCAAAAUCCAGAGUGUUUGUAUCAAGAAUUGCAGUUAUAUGUCUUGCUCUGGGUUUAAUCACAUUGUUGGCCAUGGUAACUGUUGCUAUCCGUAAAUCAAGCCAAUCGAAGCAAUUGGUGAAAGGUUCCGGCAGAAUUGGUCAAGGUAUGGUGAACUUCAUAAAUGACAUGUUAGUAACUUUGUUGUCCUUAAUUCUUCUUACUUGUUUGUUUUUCCAAUAUUACUUAUCAGGGCCACCGAAACUUGUUAUUCUUCAUAUGGAUAUGGCUAUCCACACCUUAGAUGAUAUAAUGAGAAGUACGGAGAAUCUCAGUGAGAAAUAUGCUAUAGGGUACGGUGCUUCUAGUACUGUAUACAAGUGUGCUUUGAAGAAUUCCCGACCAAUUGCAGUUAAGCGAUUGUACAACCAGCAUCCACAUAACCUGCAGGAGUUUGAGACAGAACUUGAAACAAUUGGCAGCAUUAGGCACAGGAAUCUUGUCACGUUGCAUGGUUAUGCACUAACACCCUAUGGGAAUCUCCUGUUCUAUGAUUAUAUGGCCAAUGGCUCUUUGUGGGAUCUUCUUCAUGGUCCACUGAAGGUGAAACUUGAUUGGGAGACACGCUUGAGAAUUGCAGUUGGAGCUGCCGAAGGCCUUGCGUAUCUCCAUCAUGACUGCAACCCUCGAAUUGUUCACAGGGACAUUAAGUCUUCGAACAUCCUACUUGAUGAGAACUUUGAGGCACACCUUUCUGACUUCGGAACUGCCAAAUCCAUCUCAAGUGCAAGAACACACACCUCAACCUAUGUUCUUGGAACAAUAGGCUAUAUUGACCCUGAAUAUGCCCGGACAUCAAGGCUUAAUGAAAAAUCAGAUGUUUAUAGCUUUGGCAUUGUUCUACUUGAGUUGCUUACUGGAAAGAAAGCAGUGGAUAACGAGUCUAACUUGCAUCAACUGAUAUUGUCCAAAGCAGAUAACAACACUGUAAUGGAGGCUGUCGAUCCUGAGGUUUCCGUUACCUGCAUUGAUUUGGCUCAUGUCAAGAAGACCUUUCAGCUUGCACUGCUUUGCACGAAACGAAACCCUUCCGAAAGGCCUACUAUGCACGAAGUUGCCAGGGUUCUGGUCUCAUUACUCCCAGCCCCUCCAAGCAAGAUGCGCUCCGGCCCUGCCAAGAAUGUGGACUAUGCACAGUUCUUGAUUGGGAAGGGACAACAGCAAUCAAAAGUGGAAGGGCUUCAACUGCAGCAGGAUAACAAUUCAUCUAAUGCUCAAUGGUUUGUGCGCUUUGGGGAUGCAAUUUCCAAGAACACUCUCUAGACUCUUCGUAGCUAUGUAUUCACAGUUCUUGACAGACAAAAGUUGGUGAAUUGUGGUUGAAAGAAAACCUUAGCUUUUUGGGGGGUUUAGAUAUCUGUUUAUAAACCUUAACAAAUAGAUAUUGACCAUAUGGAUUACUAUUUAAAAACUAUAUCUUUGAGAAGAAUUUUCUUUAGGUCAUACAGUAGUUGAGCAUGUAAAUUUAUAGCUCGCACCUUUUGAAUGCUUUGAAAAUCCUAAGGUUUGUUUGAAGUAACGUUAACUGUGAAUUGAUGUUCUAUCCUGUAGGCAGAAAUAUAUCUUUUAAUGGCUAAUUGUGUUCU